UCACGUGCCUGCCAAACAGUCCAUUCUGAAGUUACAGGUCUCAUAUGGCUGCUCCAAUGAAUUCUUGCUAUUUGGGAUUUGACUUCAGCACCCAGCAGCUUAAAGUUGUAGCCAUCCAAGAAAAUCUCGACUUGAUUCACCAGAACAAUGUGCAGUUUGACAGCGAGCUCCCCGAAUUCAGAACUCAAGGAGGUGUCCACGUUCAUCCUGAUGGGUUGGCUGUUACCUCACCUGUACUCAUGUGGGUGAAGGCCCUUGAUCUACUUCUUGAGAAAAUGAAGGUGGCUGGAUUUGACUUCUCCAGUGUGAAGGCUCUCUCUGGAAGUGGGCAACAACAUGGCAGUGUGUAUUGGAGAAGAGGAGCCCGCCAGGCCCUCAGAAAUCUUCAUCCAGAUAAGCCGUUACAUGAGCUCCUUCAGGAUCAGUUCGCUGUUGAGAGCAGCCCAGUGUGGAUGGAUUCUAGCACAUCCGAUCAGUGCUCAAAUCUGGAAAAAUGUGUAGGGGGUGCUCAGGCCGUAGCUGACAUCACUGGCUCCCGUGCAUAUGAACGUUUCUCUGGGAAUCAGAUUGCAAAAAUUCAUCAGCUGAACUCUGAUGCAUACAGUGACACAGAGAGAAUCUCACUGGUUAGCAGCUUUGCUGCCUCCCUCUUUCUGGGCGAUUAUGCAGCAGUUGAUUACAGUGAUGGCUCUGGGAUGAACCUAAUGGAUAUUUUUUUGAAACGGUGGUCACCAACUUGCCUUCAGGCUACGGCUCCUGGUCUGGAGGAUAAAUUAGGUGCUCCUGUUCCGUCCACUGCAGUUCUGGGUGAUGUGUCCUCGUACUUUGUGAAGAGAUUUGGCUUCCCAAAGGACUGCAAGGUGGUGACAUUCACAGGUGACAACCCAGGGUCCCUUGCUGGGAUGAGGCUCCAAGAAGGGGAUGUAGCAGUGAGUUUGGGCACUAGUGACACUGUCUUCAUGUGGAUCAAGGAGCCGAAGCCCACUGUGGAGGGACAUGUCUUCUGCAAUCCAGUGGACUCUCAGGCCUACAUGGCCUUGAUAUGUUUCAAAAAUGGCUCCCUGACUCGUGAGAGGAUCCGCAACUCCUGUGCUGGUGGUUCCUGGGACGUGUUUUCAGAGGGCCUGAGAGGCACCUGCAUGGGGAAUCAAGGCAACAUAGGCAUGUACUUUGACACCAUGGAGAUCACACCUCCGGCAGUGGGAAUUUACAAGUUCAAUAAGGACGAUCAGAGAGUCAGCGACUUCACGGAGCAGGAAGAAAUCCGAGCCCUGGUGGAGGGACAGUUCUUGGCGAAAAGGCUCUAUGCUGAAAAACUAGGCUACAAAAUUAUGCCUGGGACCAGAGUCUUGGCCACGGGUGGGGCAUCGUCAAACAUGGACAUUCUCCAGGUUCUGUCUGAUGUUUUCAAUGCACCGGUGUACACCAUAGACUUGGCCAACUCUGCAUGUUUAGGAUGCGCAUACAGAGCACUACAUGGGUUGGUUGCUGAGGGUGGACUUACAUUCCAGGAAGCUGUUCGCAAUGCACCCAAACCACAGCUGGCGGUGAGCCCAACCCCAGGGGCACUAAAGGUGUAUGAGGAGCAACUGAGAAGAUACCGCCAACUGGAAGAGAUCAUUCUGAGGGACACCAAGCAGUGAUGAGUUUAACUCCUGCAGUGAUAUUGAGUCUAUAUUUUUAUGAUUAAAUGAUGAAGAUCAAUAAGGAGGAAAUUAAGGACCUGAAGAUUGUUUAGAGUGAGUAACACUCUUCGGAUCAAAGUCAUUGUAUGCACUGUAUGAAAGCUGACUUGGCCCUCGACACAUCUCUGUAGUUGCACACAGCUCCGCAAACUCCACUCACAGUUCAGGUAGAGUAGUGAGUUGGAUUCGUUUUCAGAACGCUUGGAUUUAUGUACCACUCAUCCUUCAGAACAAUUUUCGGCACAAGUUUUCCAAAUAACUCUGUUGACCAAGA